AGGGGUCGCCGAGCUUAAAAGGUUGAGAACCGCUGCUUUAGAUAGAGCUUCCAGCAGUUCUCGUCACGCAAGGACGAAUCAGUAAAUUAAUCAAAAUGUCGACCUUGCUUUGGUCUUGACAACAUUGAAACCUCCUUACUUCUGUUGGUUUUUUUCCAGCCCUUUUAAAUAGUUCAAGGACGUUUCUUCAAAGAUUUUUUUCUUUAAUAUUUGAAUAACAAAAGUAGUCUUACGGGCUAUUUUAUAGUGAUAAUAAUCAAUCAACAUGUUGUCAAUAAAUCAAUACUUUUCGGGUAUAGUCUCCUAGCAACGUUUACGGCCUCAAGAUGGCGUUACAUUGUUCAUUAUUUUCUUUUACUCUAUUUUUUUUUAAAUGUGUUCUGUAUAGUAUAAAGUACAUUUCCAGCCAGACAGGUUCCAUUGUAAAGCAUGCACAUGAACAAGAGAAGUGCGCUUCAGAUUAGUGACAGCAGGGCCGGAUUUAAAGUAGGACAGGCAGGGUUAUAGCCCCCGGGGACUCCACAAGAAAGGGGCCUCAACAAGAGAGCUAAAAAUAUAUCUGAAUUUCGACGUGUCAGAAACUUUAAGAAUGGAACACUGCACACAGAUAAAUCUAUUGUUGAUUGGUAAAAGUGGCAACGGAAAAAGUGCCACCGGAAACUCCAUACUACGAAGAAAAUGCUUUCGAACUAGUGGAAGCGCGUUAUCAGUAACAAACAAAGUUGACGUUGAGGUCGGAAAAUUUGUCGGUGUGAAAUUAAAAGUUGUCGACGCCCCUGGUGUGUGCGAUAACUCUCUAGAGAGCAAAGAAGGAGCUGAGUUAGUCGUCAACUGUUUGCAGCAAGCUAUCUAUCUUUGCCCGGAUGGAUAUAAUGCAUUUGCUCUGGUUGUGAAGUUCGGAAGUAGAUUUACGGGAGAAGAACUAGCGACGCUGAGUUUCCUAAAACAAGUUUUCGGCGAAAAUUUCGUCAGGGAUCAUUGCAUUUUGAUACUGUCUGGUGGCGACAUCUUUGAAUACGAGGUCAAAUCUGAAGGAGAACGUCUUAAGGACUGGUGCUCCAGACAGACAGGAACAUUUAAACAACUUCUUGACGAGUGUGGCAACAGAAUUGUUCUAUUUGACAAUUUUACCAAAGACAGUUACGUUAAACGUAAGCAAAUCUUGAAAUUACUUAAAGAAAUUGCCCAACUUGGCAGUCGAGGAGAGAGAUACACUGAUAUGAAUUUCAGAAAUGCUAGACAUUCAAGAGAAAAACUUAAACAAGAAAAUAAAUUUGCCUCAGUUAAGGAAGAAAGUUUUAUUGAGACCAGCUAUCUAUUAGACAAAUUAGAAAAAGUUCAAUCUUCUGAUGACCACAAGAUGAAAAUUUCUCCCCUAGAAAAAAUCUUACAAAAAGAUUCCCAACUACUAAAAGCCUUGAAAGAAAGUGAUGGUGACACAGGCACAAUGGAAGAAUUGAUCCAAAGACUAAAAUCUAUUGGAGCCAUUGCAAAUGAUGAGAAGUCCAAAAGUAUUAGGCUCGCUGCAGAAGAAGAGAAAGUUAGAAGACAAAAAGAAGAGCUCCAAGCAGAGAAAUUAAAAUUGGAGCAGCAGAGAAAAGAAAUGGAGCGAAUGACAGACAUUGAGAGACAGAAAGCCAUUAUUGAGGAAGAGAAACACAGACUGGAGAUUGACAAAAUGCGCAAACUGCAAGAAGAACGUGAAGCCAGAUUAAGGAAGGAAGCGCUGGAGGCUAAAGAAGCUCAGGCCCGAAAAUUGGAGCAAGAAGAAGAGCGCCAUCGAGAGAACAGAGAAAGCGAUAUGCUGACAAACGCCGCAGACUUUGCUUCAAGUUUUGUCCCUUAUGCGAAACCUUUGUUUAGCGUUGGUAAAGGUAUUUACAACUGGUGGUAUGGAAAAUAAUACAUCUUACAAAAAAAAAAAAAAAAAAAAAGCAGAAAAAGAAAGUUUUUUUAAUGUACUUUUUUUUUGUAAAUAUAUCUUAUUGUUGUGGCUUAUAAUUAUUAUUCUUAAAAUCUAGAUACAUUUUUGUGCUUAGAUAAUUCCAGAAACAUUAAAUAAGCAAAAAUUAGUAUACGUAAUUAGCCUACCAAUUUUUAAACAUGUUUGCUAUUUCAAUGUAAACAUUUUCCUUGUCGCACUUUUUGUAUAUAUCGGCAUCUAAUUAUAACCAAAAAUAUGUUCUUAUCCCUUUGUAUGUUAUAUAUGUCAAAUUUAACAUGGAUUCCAGACUGAAGUUUGGCAAAUAUUAAAAUCUUACUUUGUUUAACCUCAGCUUGGGAGAAAUGUGUUGGUUCGUCGCUUAGAUGGGCAAAUAAAAAAAGAA